CUUCCUUAUUCUAAAUUUUAACAACAUACGAUUUUUGAUGCCGCUUAAGUGCUCAUGUCCGGGGAUUUUAUUCAUUAUCUAUCAAAUGUUUGUAAACUAUAUGGUUAAAGGAUGAUGUAGUGACAUAUCGCACAAAAUGGCGAACCUGUACACGCAGCUACUCAAGAGUCAAAAGGACCCUGCAUCUGUGAUACAGAAAGGUCAAAAGAGACCUACCUCAGACAAAAUGGCGAACCUGUACACACAGAUACCCAAGAGUCAAAAGGACCCUGCAUAUGUGAUACAGAAAGGUCAAAAGAGACCUACCUCAGACACAAUGGCGGGAAAGAAGUAUAGAGAAAUACACAGUAUCUAUGAUUGGUACCACCCUGACCAAACGGAGGAAUCCGCCAAGACGUUCCUAGAGGAGUAUCCUUAUGACCCGAUGGACCAGCAGGCACUUUUCUUGGUUCAUCCGUACGGGAAACACAGAGAUGACAUCAAAUACGUCAUUUCCUGCAAGUGGAGAAUGAUGAUAUACCAAUACCGCGUUCGGUACAAAGAGGAGGAAGGGGUUUAUUCGGUCCGAAGCGCAAAAGCUAGCAACCUUCUCGAUCUAGUAGAACAGUAUCGCCUGGCAGCGGUGGGAAAAGACGGUAUCACGUCCAUCUAUACCAAAGAGACCGCACUCUCUCACCUGAUGUACCCCAUACAAUGGCCCCAUAAAUACAAGGACUGGUGUUACCACGGUUUGUUAGGACGAAAUGAGGCCGAGGGAGUGCUACGAGAGAGCUUCCAGAAAUCAAAACUGAACAGCCCCUUCCUGAUUAGGGAUAGUUAUUCGGACCCCGGAAGACUGAUCGUAUCUAGCAUGUUUGUGAAGAAAUCGGAUGAAUCACACAAAUUUGACCAUAGGCUAAUCAAUUUCACGGAUAACACGUUUGAAGCCCUGACAUGCAAGGGAGCCAAUCUCCAGGCUCUGGCUAAGAGUAUUGAAGAGAGGUACAGGCACCGCGGAGACUUGAUGGACCUGAAGGUGACAUAUCGAGAAGGAGUCCAUGGCGUGGAUACGGAUGUUUUAGAGCACCAUCUCCCACCUAGCAUAAAAAAGAUGGACGAAUCGGCUAUAAAGAUAUUUCGCGAGGCACUGGAAGAGGGACACGAAAAUUACCAUCACGUGCGGGUAAUGGUUGUUGGUCAUCACGGGGCGGGAAAAUCCAGUCUUACGAAACGCCUGCUGAGAGAAAAAUAUAACGAAGUUCGAAGUACUGAUGGAGUGGAAAUUUACACCAAACAAGGCCGCUUUCAGCUCAACGACCACAAGUGGAUAAAAUAUGACGGGAAACAGGAGUACGAAAUCGACACACGAGAAAGAAUUGCAAGGUAUCUAACACAAAGAUUUCCACAAGGGGUUCCGACGUACCUGUCAUUAAGAGAGGUUUCCCAACUCCGUUGUGAUGAAAAGGAGAAUACAUCACAUUAUGCAAUGAAUGUUGAAAUUCCCUCGAUUUCAAAACAAGAGAGUUACACAAAACGGCCCCCAAAGAUAUCCAUGUUAACUAGAGGACCGACUGAUAAAUUACAAGUGUCAUCUCCAAAGGCCCCACCAAAGGCUUACCCAGAUCCACGAGUGUCUACUAGUCGGAGAAUGUCAUCUGAGAGUGAAGAUGAUGAUGAAAUCGAGGAAAAUAUUUACAAUAAUAAUUUUACCAGAGUUAUCCUUGACCUGAAAAGUAAAUUCUCCCCAUCCAGUGAAAAUCCCAAAUCUCCAGAUUAUGAUGAUAUGAAAGGGAGUGAUUAUGAACCUGGUGACAAUGAAGACACUGUGGAGAGACAGCAUUCUUUUGACUUUGCCAAUGAUGAUAAAGAACAAGCACUAAAAGAGGAGUUGGGGGAGCUACUGCAUAUGUCUUCGAAGUUUCUUCAAAACGAGACGGGUUGUGUUACAUUUUGGGACUUUGCGGGACAGACGGUAUUUCAGACCACUCACCAAGCGUUUAUGUCUUCCAAAGCUGUUUAUCUGUUGGUGACAGACGUCUCACGGCCGAUGACUGACAUCAUCACUGAUGACGAUGACUGCCAAAGUAACUCUGCACAAAAGUCCGUAGGUGAUUUUCUCAAAUUUUGGUUGAAUACGAUCCAUACAUAUUGCUCAGAGUCACAACGAGGUUCCCCAAAGGUUCUCGUCGUGUCUACACACAAGGAUAAGACAGAGAAUGCUGAGAGAGAAACGGAAGAACACCACAGAGACAUAAAGAGGGUGGUGAAAAAGAAAAUGCUUUCACCUCACUUGGUUCCCGAAAUGUUCUGUGUGGACUGUAAUGACCCCGAUGAUGAGGUUUUUGACGAAAUACGAUCCAAAAUACUAGAAAUAGCCGAGAAAGAAAACAUUCUCUCCCAGCAAAUUCCAACCAGCUGGAUCUACCUGGAGCAAAAGAUCACGGAUCUUCGAAGAGAGGGAAAGAAGGUAUUGAACAUCUCGGAGAUGAAAAAGUUGAACAAAUUUUGUGUUCUGCACUUGAAGGAUGAGAAAGAAAUUAAAGUCUUCUUGCAAUUUCAUCAUGCUAUUGGCAACAUAUUGUAUUACAACGAAAAGGGUUUAGAUGACAUCAUUAUCUUAAAUCCCCAAUGGCUAGUAGAUGCCUUCAAAUGCUUGAUUACAUCUGACAAAUUCCUUGGAAUAUCUCAAUCAGACUCACUCCUCCGCGAAAUGAAGGAAAAUGGACAUUUAAGCAAUGAAAUGAUUGAAACAUUAUGGAGUGAAAAAGAAGACAAUUCCUACUUAGAGAAUAAAGAACAUAUCAUCAAGAUUCUGGAAAGGAUGGAUAUCAUUUCACGACCUAGGCGUUAUCUACAGGGCGGGGAGACGGUCCAAGAGACGUGUACAUUUCUUGUUCCAUGCAUGAUGAAUUCGGAUUCAUCUAAUGUUAGAGGCAAGUGGUUAACGUCUACCAAUAACAUGCCAGCCCUAGGGUUCCACUUCAAAGACGAAUUCAUGCCACCAGCCGUGUUUUACCGUUUGUUGGCAGCAUGCAUGGCGAAAUUCCCAGCUGUAGAACAGAACGACAUUCCACUGGUGUUCGCCGACACUGCGGUCUUCCGACUUGAUAAACUAAACUUUUUACUGCUUACUCACGACGAAUUUCUAAUUCGGGCCAGGGUAUUAACAUUUCCUAGCGGCGCAAGACAAGGGUCUUCGAUCCACUACACCAUCAAAAAGUUUUUGGAGGAAAGUUUGACAAUCAUCCUAGAGAUAUAUACUAGCUGUACUGCCUGUCCGGACCACAAACUCACAAAAAAGUGUGCGGAUUGCAAAAAGUGCAAUGCAAACUUUCCCUUCCGAAUUGUUGUUCAGUGCAGCUAUUGCUCAUCUCCUGACAAGACUUAUAAAGGACUACACCAGUGGGAAGACUUGGAAUCAAACGAAAGUGUAGUUUGCGCCGACCAUGAUGACGAGGUCCACAUCAUUGAAUCCGAUGACAUUCUUAGUUAUUGGGCUUGUCCGAAAGUAGUUGAUGCUGACAAAGCUGAUAACUUGUCGAUGUCAUUAAAGAGAUCCGAAUCUGUGCUAGAGAAACCAUUGUCAUAUAGAACCCUGGGGCGUCUGGCAAGACGAAUUUCUGGCUGCUGGGAUCAAGUAGCUUAUAGCCUCGGCCUUGAUAACAACUUUGUGGAGACAGCGAAAAUAAACUUUCCUCACCUGGCUUCUGAUCGCUGCUUUCAUGUGUUAAGAUCGUGGUUUGACAAAUCUCCGAAGGAGAAGAGAAAAUUGAAGACACUAUAUGAUGUGUUUGCAAAUGUGGAUGUUGAUCGAGAAAGCUUGACUAUGUUGGACACAGUGGAAAUUAAAUGGGAGGAGAAUAAGUAUCUCAAUCAGCGUGUAUCAAAACGGGGUAUAGACAUCAUUUGCAACAGACUGGGCAAAAAGAGCUACCAGCUCGCCAUUGAGUUGGGGUUAACACCCGAGGAAACCGAACGCAUACAGAUGGAUUUCCGAACAUCCAUUGACCGCAGCCGAGAGUAUAUCAUCAAAUGGCGCCAAAAAGUAGAAAGGCCAACGUACCAAGAUCUACUUCAGGCUUUAGCCGCGGUAGACGUUGACUACAGUGAUGUGCUGACGCUUAUCUAUUGAGCUUCGAAUGUCAAUUGACUUAUAUUGAUGUUCGAAUCAUAUGACAAUAGAUGAAUUAAAAAUAUAUGUACAGAUUUCCAUUUCAUGCUGUAUACAAAUUCAAAAUGGCUUACCUAGGAAAUGAACGAUACUCCACAUCUACGACAGUUAAGAUUUUGAGAAUUUCCGAAUUUGAAGGAAUAAAGUGACACCUCUUAUUAACAAUGCAAAAUCGAGCUUCUAAAGAUCUUAAAUUGAAGUUCAAAUUAUAUAGAAAUGUUUUGCUAUCUAAAUUAUUUAGCAACCAAGUCUACGAAUUACAUUCCAAGCAAUUACUGACAACAUACUAAAUAAUACCAAUGCAUUUAAUAGACAUUUUACGACAUCAUCUAGCAGUUUGUAGUCUAAAGUACCAAGGCAAAGAUUCGAUCCAGAAAAAUUACAACAGUGCACAAAUUCAAAAUUUAAUGAAAACAUGUUCAGUAUUUGUUUGCAUCUGCGAAUCUGAUAGUAUUGUCAGUGACAUGUUGAACGCACUAGAUAUACAUGUACAAAAGUCAGCUGGUAUAUAUCUUAUUGAACCCCAUCUUCUAAAAGUGUCUGCAAACAUUCUUUCUGAAUAAUUCUAUGUUCGUUAUAACGAUCUAGUUUGCCAAUACAACCUAUCAUCGGAUCAAAUGCUGCCUGACGUGCUUCUUGCUGAUCAUUAGGCCGUUCUUGGCACACUGAUUUUGACUACGGAUAACUCCGUUUACCUGAUCAAGAUAUAUGGCUCACUGCGGAUGUGACCGGUCGACAGGGGAUGCUAACUCCUCCUAGGCACCUGAUCCCACCUCUGGUAUAUCCAGGGGUCCGUGUUUGCCCAACUCUAUUUUGUAUUGCUUAUAGGAGUUAUAAGAUUGAUCACUGUUCGUUAUCUCGCCUUUCUGAACAAAUAACUCACCUUAAACGUACGUUCCCCUUAAAACAUGUUAAAGCUAUGUUCAAGACGCAGGAGAACGCCGAUCAAGGCAGUGAUGUACAUUGCGUUGUAUUCCAAUUUGUGUGAAAUUGAAAAUUCGGGUUUACAAAACCAAAUGUCUUGAAUGUGAAAAAACAAAAUGGACACAACAAAGAAAAUCAUGUCUAAAAAAUACAGAUCUCUGGACAAAUGCUUCAUAGUGACGAAGUUACACAUGUAACGUUGAAGAACUGUAUGGUGUUCAAAUUGAUCAAUCACUUCAUUCUCAUUCUCACAUAAGUUCGGUUUGUAUAAGAUUAAGAAUUGUUCCUAUCGCUUAUAUAAUGUAUAUAUAUUUUGCCAACUAUUAAUUACUGUCUGCUUAAAGAAACUCAUUAGAAGUAGCCGUGAUGAUCCUUAUAUAUCUCCCUUUAGGAACAGUUUUUAUCCUUUGGCGUACCCUGCAUAGUUUUGUUGUAUUUGUAUUGAUUUCUUAUCUCCCUCUUCAUAUUCACAAUUUAUUGUAUAACAUCACUUGUAGAUGUAUGAAUAUAUAUGUAUAGUUUUAUUUUUAUGGAUUCGUUGCAGGGUAUGUGGAGACGCAUUCCCUUAUUUUCUCCCGAGUCAUUAUUUAUUACGUCACGAGCGGAGCCAUUUUUAAAAAAAAAUAAAUAUAUGUUCUUUUACAAAUUAUAUCUGAAAAUAUAAAAACCAAAAGAUGGAUUUUUAAAAAAAAGUUUACUUUACAAAGCGGUUAAGUACAUGUAUAUAGAUCUAUCGAAGCCAUUUUGUAUCCCAUCUAUAUUUUGCAGGGUAUAUGAACUCAUGCUCCCGUCUUCUCGUCCAAUCCAAUUCUUAGAUUUUCCCUGAAGUAGAAGAUAUAUAGAUAAAGUAGUGAUUUGUGCAAUGUGUUUUCUAAUAUUUUGAAUUACAUGUAAUUUAAAUAGAAGACCCCGAGAAAGAAAAGUGUAAUGCACUAAUCGUGUCUAUAAAUUAUCAUUAUAAUUACAUUAUAUAUUCUACACGUAUAUGCUCAAGUAUUAUAGAAACUGUUCUUUAUUGUUUAAAUACAUUUUGAAGAUAGAUACCAAUGUAUUAUUGAGGAAGGUUAUAUGAAUGAUAGUUCUACACGCAUGGUAUUAUAUAUACAUAUAUAAUUUAAUUAUUAUUGCAUCCUUGUCUCUGACUGGUUAAUUUGAAUUAUGGAACUCAGGUUAUUUUUGUACAUCCUGGUUUGGUGUGGGGACACGCACCCCUUGACAACCAGCAGCCAAACUACUUUUCUGUAUUUCUAAAACAAAACAUCUGCACUAACACAAUACAAUAGGAAAAUACAAAUAAGAUGUUUCCUUUAUUACCCUGUAUCAUUCAUCAAAUUUAUUAUAUAAGCAUGGUAAACAUGUAAGUAUUUUUGUGUUUGUGUGAUUGUUGUCGUCUGCUACAUGUAGACAAGCAAAAUGGAAGCAAAUGUUGACCUGGGCUAUGGUUUCCCAGAUCACCUCAGUCUGUAAACCAGUUGCAGAUAAUGAUCAUGAUGGUGAAAAUGGCUUGAAUGUUUUCCAGUAUCUCUGUUAAGAUGAAAUGAUAAUGGAUGGGGUAUCUGAAAUAGUAUUACAAGAUGCAUAUGCAUCAGUUUCAACUCGUGCAGUAGGCAUGAAAGUGAAGGUAGCUUUUAAAAAAGAAAACGCAGGACAUUUUUGUGUUCCACAACCAUGUAAAACUGAAAAAGAGAUUUAAAACUGUUUCUGAGAGGGAACUGCGGGGCGCAAAAUGUCGUUGCACAUCUGGUGUAUUUAUAAAUAUUGAUAUAGUGAUUGAUUUUUUUUCUUUUCUUUUAAUUAUGUAUAUUUAUUGAUUUAAAUUCAGAUACCUGUGGUACAAUAAAUUCUAUACAUACGAAAUUCAUAUAUCAUUGCAAAAUUACACGCGAUGUGACGUCAUAAAUCUGAGGUUGUCAAAAGUUAGAAUUGCUACAUCCUUAGUUGAGAUCGAUGACAUUGAGUUUUUAGAAUUUUUAAAAUCAUUUGGAUGACAUUACGUUAUCUCAAAUGUGCAUGGUAAUGAACACUGGACAAAAACCCCACAGAUGAGGGAUUGGACACAGUGAAUGCAUUGCAGGAUUUAGUGACGUACAACAGUUUUGCAGUUGAGAAUCAUUUCAUGCAUUUAAUAGAUUAUAUUGAUGUAUGUUGAUUGAACACAUCGGUUAUGUUUAAUUUACUUCUAUGUAGCAUUUCUUAAAUCCUCAUCUUUGAAUAAAUGUUACAAAAUUAU